AUGUCUGAGAUAAUAGUAAUAACACAAAAAUAUUGGAUUUUGUGUGUUGGCAUUGUAGAACAAUAUGAUUAUCCCGCUGAAGAACAUAAUGUCACAACAGAGGAUGGUUAUAAUUUGAUAAUACACAGAAUACCUGGAAGUCCAUUAUUAGAUAAUAAUAAGGGAAAAAAGGAAAUUGUUUUUAUCCAACACGGUAUUUUGGCUUCAUCUGAUAGCUGGAUAUUGCACGGACCUGGUAAAGAUCUUGCAUUCUUAUUGGCAGAUCAAGGAUUUGAUGUAUGGAUUGGAAAUGUGAGAGGAAACACUUACUGUAGAUCGCAUGUGAAUAUGACGAUAUACGAUCCUAAAUUCUGGCAGUUUAGCUUUCACGAGAUUGGAACAAAAGAUCUGCCGGCAAUGUUUAAUUACAUUUUUAAUUAUACGGGCCAAAAAGAUUUAUAUUUUAUCGGUCAUUCGAUGGGGACUACUUCAUUAUUUAGUCUUCUGUCAACAAAACCAGAAUACAAUACAAAAAUAAAAGCAGCUAUUUGUCUGGCUCCAAUUGCUUUUUGGAUGGAAAUAUCACCUACAUUCAACGCACUUUUUUACAGUUUCCCAAUAAUAAAGGAAAUUCUAAGAGAACGUGAAAUAUAUGAUGUUUUACCACAAUCUUUAAUGACUGUUACAGUAGCAAGACUGUUGUGUAAUGAUAAUGUAAUGACUCAGUUUAUUUGCACCACUAUAUUCUUUUUUAUCGUCGGUGCUGAUCCAACACAACUCAACACUACAGCCCUGCCAAAUUUACUUUCCUAUCUUCCAGCCGGUUCUUCUGUACAAACAUUCGAACAUUAUUACCAAAAUGCUCAGAUAAAUAAUUUUCGAAACUAUGAUUAUGGAACAGCUGAAAAUUAUAAACGAUAUAAACAGAAAACACCACCAAGUUAUGAUCUCAAAAAGAUUACUGCUCCGAUGAUUUUAUUUUAUGCAGCAAAUGACAUGGUUGCCGUAAAACAGAAUGUGUUUGAACUUUACAAACGCUUACCAAAUGUUCGUCUAAUCGAAAAAGUCCCAUAUGAAUUUUUUAACCAUGCAGAUUAUAUAUGGGCAAUUAAUGUGAAAACUCUUUUAUACGAUCGUAUAUUAGAAUUAAUACAAAAAUGUUAUACUAGUCAAAGUAUAUCUAUAAUAUAA